UGACCACAGAUUAUCAAACUAUUUGCAUUUGACUAUCAGCCGAAACGUCAUCUACUAGCAGUGCUUGGCAUUGACCAACCGACGGAUUAAUUCGAUAACCCCCUUGCGGCGUGAGGGCUGGAAAGACCAUGCUGUUUGCCCCUUUACUCUGUCUAGCCCUGCUGCCCCUGUUGAAAGGGGACUUGGGGCCCAAUAUGGGCAACGUCACAAGUGCCAAGCCUCCCACUAGUUCCCCCAGCCCAGUGAGUUUUCCCCUUAGUAGCCCUGAAGUUUUGCUAGCAACACACACUGGACGGGAGCAUAUGGUGGAGGUUCCACCAGUGCAAAAGGCGCUGGCUCAAACGAAUGUUUCAGGGAUUAGCAGUGAAGUCGUUAAGCCGGUGCGUGAGGAGAGUUUGCUGCAGGAAACUCAGCAGGACGGGCACAAGCCAGUGGUGCCCAAGAAGGGGGUAAGUUUUUCCGACCUUCGUACUAACAAUACGACGGCCAAUGGCACGGUCACCUAUAAAAAGCCUCUGAUAACAGAGGCUGACACCGACUAUAUAAGCCAGGAGGAUUCCAUAGAGAACGAAAUUGAUGUGGAGGAAAUCGAUCCCAGUCUAUUGAGCAGCAAAAGCACGCGUUCAAAGUAUAUUAUCCCCAUAGUGGUGGUCAUUUUAUCGGUGCCCCUUGUGGCUAUUUUGCUGUCACUGCUUUAUAAAAGGGGCGCCGAUUGGUGGCAGCAUCGCAACUAUAAGCGAAUGGACUUUCUCAUUGAGGGCAUUUAUCAAAACUGACCCCGAUAUCUUCCGCAGCAUGCUUGUAUUAGUCUAAGAAGCAUUUGACGAUUCUGUACAGGGUGUGAACGAAAGGGGCCACACGAGUUGCGCCUAAAAUAGUUUUUAAAGCAGUUUUUUGCUUGCCGAUCAUGAUAGAUUCGAUUGAUCAGAAAGAAUGAAUAGUCCAGCAAAAGCCCAAUAAAUUUAAGCCAGUUUUUGUUCCUUGAGUUUUUUUCGUUAAACGCCCCGUUUUCAAAGACGAAACAGACAUUUAUUCCAAUCGCCAUAUUCAUUUGAUUGCAAUGAUGCAAAUCUCCAUGUGCAUUCUAUUACAUUUCAGCAUUUUCCUCGGAAAGAUCGCGUGUAACGAAAAAACGUUAAGAGGAAAAAAACUAAAUUGAGUCGGCUUUUUAAGGGACUAUUCAUAUUUAAAAAUUUGAACAUAUUUUACCAUUUUUUUGAACACUCUGUAUAGAAGACGGCUGAAUUUGGCCCUUUUAAGCGCAGAAACCUCAAAAAUUGUCACUUACACCAGGCUUAAUCAGUUGGUAUAAUUUGGAAGAAGCCCUGAUUAGUGAUUACUAUAAGCACCCAAGUGCCUUAUAAUGCAAUACAUUGUUGUGAUACUUUUUAUUGUUAUACAAACUGUAUUUUUAUAAAGAUGUAUAGAUGUAUAAAUAAAUGUUGUACGCGACAG